UUCAGAAUUAGAAAUAACAGAAUGGAGGCUAGUAGAUCAAUGCUGAUGUCUUACAUCCUGCAACAAUGCCUUUACAUAUCAUUAAACAUCUCCUAUCCCAAAUCCUUGGGAAGAACUCAAUCCAUGUAUAAAAAUUCAGUUUAAACAUCUGGCUGAUUGUGCAACGAACUGUAAUAAUAAGGUAAUAAAGCAUAAAGAACUGGAGCUGAGUUUUAAAAUCUAAUUGAUAAAUUAUCUCCCUCAAGCUUUCUGGCAAGGAGCUAAGCUUAGGCUGUCAGCUUUAUGUCUCGGAUCAUAUUCACUUAGAUCCAUAUUCCAAAUAAACUGAAGACUAGUUACUAACUUCAGCAAGGCAGGUCGCAGCCUGUUGCAAACCAACUAAGCGGGAACAUUCCUCUGCUGGAGUCUGUAUUUUCAUCUCUGAUUCAACCCAUCAGACUGCUCCUACUAGGAAUCCAGCAUCUUUCUCCCUAAACUGCUGGGCUUGCCCUGGACCUCUUGAAAACUUACGACUUCUUUCUGUUUUGCCAAAUCUCCGGAGCGAGAGAGCAGGCUUCGUGGAGCAGAAAGGCACAAUACAAAACCCCGCCGGCCCUACCUUCUCUCCAGCUCCCUCUCCCCGGCCUUUCCAUUUGGAGGGUGAGAAAGGCUCGUGGGCAUAAAGGCCUGUCCUCAUUUCGGCAGGAGCCUCCGAGUGGAAUAGGAGGGGCGGAGGAGGAGAGCUGUGCCUUUGGAGAAGGCGCUACCCCUGUUUCGACACAAGGAGCUGCUUUCACUUCCCGAAUUAGCGCGAUUAGCCCGAAAAGGCAAGGAAGCGCCGCGAGUGCAGCGGAGCACCGUUGUCUCCAGCUCGGCUGCCCGGUUCCCCAGAAGGAAGAUGCGGCUCUUACUGGAAGUUGUUCCCGCUACCCGGAGGAGCUCUUGGCUGUUCCCCAUCCUCCCUCUCAUUUGGGGCUUCGUGAUUGCUUUCUCGCUUGUUAACGCUGGACCAACAUACCUGUUGGCAGUUCCUAAAAUAAUCCGGCCUGGAGCAAAUCUAACUAUUGGAGUUUGGCUCUUAAAGGAAAACCCUUCAAGCAUUAGAAUACAAGCGCAAGUACUCUUGGCAAAUAAAUCCAUAUUACAAGGAGAAGCAGUCUUUCAGAGAGAUUCCUUUGGGACACUAGUCCUUCCAUCUCUCCCAUUGGGCAGUACUGAUGCCAAUUAUGAGUUAUUAGUGAAUGGAUAUUCAAAAGGACAACUGCUGUUUUCUAAUCAAACGUCACUGCCAUUUGCAAGUAAAAGUUUUUCAGUCUUCAUCCAGACUGACAAGACAAUGUAUAAACCAGGACAAGAUGUGAAAAUACGGGUUGUUACUCUGCAUUCUGACCUCAAACCAUACAGUACCCCUGUAAAUAUAUACAUUCGGGAUCCUCAGCGAAAUUUGAUUCAGCAAUGGUUGACAGAGAACGGAAAACUGGGCAAGAUCGUUAAGCAGUUCAAAUUAUCCAAAUAUCCUCCCUUGGGUGAUUGGUCUAUAGAGGCUCAAGUAAAUGAUCAAACCUAUCAUCAAUCAUUUUCUGUAGUGGAAUAUGGGCUACCAAAGUUUGAAGUCUCUUUAAUAACACCUAUGUAUUAUUCUAUGCAAAGUAGGUUGAAUGGCACUAUUACAGCAAAGUACGUAUAUGGAAAAUCAAUGAAAGGAAAGGUCACUAUUGAUUUCUUCUCAUUGUUUCGAGCACAAAACAAAAAGAUAACUAAAAUAAUGGAGAUUAAUGGUUCUUUGAACUUUACACUGGAGAACCCAGAGAUAAAAGAUAUAACUGUCAGAGAUGAGGAUCUAUUGCACCCAGCACCUAUAGAAAUUACAGCUGUUGUUACAGAAUCUCUUACAGGAAUCUCCCAAAAUGCAAGUGCUACAGUAUUUUCACAGCCACAUGAUUAUGCAUUAGAUUUUCUUGAGUAUCCAAGAUUCUUGAAGCCUUCUCUGAACUUCAUUGCUAUGUUGAAAGUAAGAAGAAAUGAUGAUCAUCCACUAACGUCUGAUGAAAAAAAGAAUAAUGUCACAAUCACGGUCACACAGUCAAAAAUUUAUUAUCAGAUACUUGAGGAUGAAAAUGAAUCGCUGCAAAAGAACACAGUUUAUGAGCUAAGUUAUCCUGUUCUAGAGGAUGGGGUUAUUCAGAUGGAGCUUCCAGUUUCAGCUAAUACAACAGUUUUGCAUAUUAAGGCUGAAUUUCUGGAAAGUCAAGCUUCCAUAAAGAUAAGUGAUGUGUUCUACUCACCCAGUUUGACUUAUCUCCAGAUUAGAAAAACAAGCAAGGAUUUUAAAGUUGGGACACCUUUGGAACUCAGUGUUGAAAGCAGCGUGCCGUUGAAUGAGAUCAAUUAUAUGGUGAUGUCCAGAGAUCAGAUUGUGGAUGCAGGGAAAAAGAAAACUACAACAUUAAGUUUAUCCCCAGAAAAUUCUUGGUAUCCUAUGGCUUGCAUAAUUGUCUUCUAUGUGCAUGAUAAUGGGGAAAUAAUAAAUGAUUUUCUACAUAUUCCUGUUCAGCCGACUUUUAAAAAUCAGAUUAAUAUGCAUUGGAGUAAAAAUAAAGCUGGGCCUGCUGAGGAUAUCACCCUCAAAAUCAAAGUGACAGAACCCCAAACCUCAAUUGGACUUUUAGUUAUUGACAAAAGUGUAAAUUUGUUGGGAAAAAGCAAUGAUAUCACAGAGGAUGCCAUACACCACGAGCUAAGUUUAUAUGAUACAAAACCAUAUUAUGGGGAAAGUGGAAAUGCUGUAAGCGUCUUUCAGAACAACAAUCUCUGGAUAUUGACUGAUGCCAACCUUUCAGAACAUGAGGACUAUGAUUUACCAUUUUAUUAUUUCGAUUAUGACCUGGUUACCCACCCUGUAUCCCAUGAAAAUAACCCAGCACUGCAUGACGGUGAUGUCCAUGUGAGGAAGAAUUUUCCAGAGACUUGGCUUUGGCAGGAAAUAAUGACAAGAUCUACUGAAGCAACAAUAAAUGUUACUGUUCCUGAUACCAUUACAUCCUGGGUAGCCAGCGCAUUUAUAAUAUCUGAAAAUCUUGGAUUGGGUGUGAUUAAAAUACCCGUUGAGUUAGAAGUCUUCCAGCCUUUUUUUGUUUCCUUAAACCUUCCUCCUAGUGUCAUAAGAGGAGAACAAUUUAUAUUGGAAGUAAACAUCUUCAAUUAUUUGAAAGAAAGCACUGAGGUGACAGUAACCCUUGAUAUGAGUGAUAGCUUUGAAAUUUUUAUUAUCUCUAAUGAUAUAAAUGCCAUUGGAAACCAGCAUUCUAUUUGGAUACCAAGUGAAGAUGGGAAGACUGUCUUCUUUCCGAUUAUGCCAAAGCAGAUUGGAGAAAUUCCCAUCAGAGUGACAGCAAUAUCACCCAUUGCUUCUGACGCUAUUCUCCAGAGACUAUUAGUGAAGGCUGAAGGAUUAGAACAAACUUAUUCAGAGACAGUUCUUCUGGACUUAUCCAAAAGAACUAAUCUUACGGAAAUUUUGAAUUUCAAUUUCCCCUCUGAUGUAGUUCCUGGCAGUGAAAGAGUGCAAGUUACAGUUACUGGUGACCAGCUUAGUUCCUCUAUCACUGGUUUGGAAUCACUAGUCAAGAUGCCUUAUGGUUGUGGGGAACAAAACAUGAUUAACUUUGCACCUAAUAUUUAUAUUUUGGAUUAUUUGAGUAAAACGGGCAAGCUCCAAACCCAAUUUAAAUCAAAAGUCGUGUCAUAUAUGAGAGAAGGUUAUCAAAGAGAGCUUCUCUAUAAAAGAUUUGAUGGCUCUUUCAGUGCCUUUGGAAACAGUGAUCCCUCUGGGAGUACCUGGUUAUCAGCUUUUGUAUUAAGGAGUUUCAUUCAAGCACAACCAUACAUUGAUAUUGAUCCAUAUAUCCUGGAGAGAACAGCUGCUUGGAUCCUCAGUCAUCAGAAAUUCAAUGGAGAAUUUGAGGAACCUGGAAGAGUUCUACAAACUGAGCUUCAAGGAGGCACUAGCGAUUCUGUUUCACGUACAUCUUAUAUCUUGACUGCUCUAUUAGAGUAUCAGUUCAAUGAGAAUGAUAAAUCUGUAAAAAAAGCACUGGGCUUUCUUGAAUUUCAUUUAAAUAACGUAUCGGAUAAUCACACGCUGGCUCUUCUGACUUAUGCUUUAUCACUUGCCAAAAGUACAGCAGCAAAGGGAGCCCUGGACAAACUGAACGAGAGGUCAGAACGACAAGGAGAACUAAGGUUCUGGGCAUCACCAUCUUCUGGACUCUCCAAUUCCUGGCAGCCACGUUCUGCAGAUAUUGAAGUUGCAGGUUAUGCCCUCUUGUCUCAUUUUAUUCAACAAAGACUGUUAGAGGGGAUUCCAAUUAUGAAAUGGCUAAGCAAGCAAAGAAAUCACCUGGGAGGUUAUUCUUCUACGCAGGACACUAUAGUGGCUCUGCAGGCCUUGAGUACCUUUGCGACACUCAUAGCUGAUUCUGUGACAGAAAUAGAUGUGACAGUGAAUACAUCCAUGGAAGAACACCCAACUGUUUUCCAAAUUGAUCAUGAAAACCGCUUUGUUCUCAAGACCAAAGAGUUUCCAGCUGCACAGCCUGUUACACUUACAAUUUCUGCAAGUGGCCGUGGUUUUGCUAUUUUUCAGCUCAAUGUUAUGUACAAUACAAUUCAUUCACAUACCAGCAAAAGACGUAGAUCUGCACAAAAUCAAGAAGCUUUUGACUUAGAUGUCUAUGUAAAGGAUGACAAAGAAGACAUAAACAGCUUAACUUUAAAUGUGUGUACCAGAUAUCUGGGCACGGGCUCAUCUUCAAGAACUGGCAUGGCUCUCAUGGAGAUUGGAUUACUGAGUGGCUUCUCUUUGUCACCCAAUUUUGUGUCAUUAGAUGACCCAGUGAAAAAGGUGGAAAAAGAUGAAGGCAAAAUCCAUUUAUAUCUGGACUCUUUAAACGAAACACAGGUUUGUGUGGCUAUUCCAGCUGUGAGAGACUUCAAAGUGGCAAAUACCCAGGAUGCUUCAGUGACUGUGAUGGAUUAUUAUGAACCCAGGAGAAGAACAGUGAAAAGCUACAACUCCCUGGUGAUGCAGAGUUUGUCAUCUUGUACUUUCUGUGAAGAUGAUGAAUGUAAUUUUUGUAAAACAGAUGGCUGUUUAUCAGUUUCUCUCUCUGUUGAAUUGUUAGUACUACUAGUGCUAUCAACUUGCUAUGUAGUUGCCUGAUUUAAUAACUGGGUGACUGACACUUAUUGCACUGCUGAGAAUACCAUUGAUUGUAUUUUCCUGCACAAGGAGAGUCUGGAUCCUGUAAAAAUUGACUUAUGGGUCUAAACUCUGAGCAAGAAUUUGCAUCUCAAAUUAAAUAAGGGUAAGUUGCUCGGAAUGGAUAACUUCACAAUUGUACCAUUUUUGUUUUCAUUGGCAUCUUCUGUACUGGUGUUUCUCACCCUUGGCGAUUUUAAGAUGUGAGAGCUUCAAAUCUCAGAAUUUACUAGACAGCAAAUUCGCAGAGUUUAAAAUUGCCAAGAUUGAGAAACACUAUUUUUAUCUAUUAAAUGCUUAGGGACUUGCUGCAAAAUUUUAUAUGCUGCAUAUUUUUGCCUAGUAAUGUCUGAAGGGCUCUUCUAAUAAAUGUAUAUAAAAUUGCAACCUAAACUAUUUUCUCCAGUGAAAUAGUGGAAGUUCUAGAGCAGUGUUUCUCAACCUUGAUCUCAACCUUGACAAUUUUAAGGCAUGUGGACUUCAACUCCCAGAAUUCCACAGCCAGCAUUGCUGGCUGUGGAAUUCUGGGAGUUGAAGUCCACAUGCCUUAAAAUUGUCAAGGUUGAGAAACACUGUUCUAGAGUCUAACCUUGGCUGUGAAUUAGAUAAUGUUAAAUUAAAAUUAAAUCGCUUUGUCUAAAUCUUUAACCAUUUUUUAAAAAAUGUAAAGCAUGUCUGAAUGGGGCCAAACUGAUAUUCAGGCAAAAACUGAAAUGGAGUAUAUAUUUUGUAUUAGUUUCUUAUUUUUAUAGUAAAUUUGAGAGUUUUUUAAAGGAAUAUUUUUUAGUUUUAAUACUUACACCAUAUGUUAUUUAAACAUUACAUUCCUAAUUUAUGGGAUUUAGUUUAUGGUACAUUUCAGGCUCUUAAUUUAUAAGUGUUAUUGAUUAUACUGUCACAGGACUAAGUCUCAUCUUCAAAGCAGUUUAAUAAGUACUUUGGCCAGAUUAACAUUCAUUGCAAUAAUUACUGAUUUCCUCAGUUAUGUUCUAAAAAUCUAAAUUCCUCUUAUAUGCAUUGAUUGUACAAUGUGCGCAUAAGGGGACAUACUAAAGUACAGCUCCAAAAAACAUUUUGAGCAGCUGAUUAUAAUCAUUACUUGAAUAGUCACAUUAUGAAAAAUGCUUAAGCUGUGCUAAAAAACAAAAUAUGCCUCAUUAUGUGUUGGAGUGUGUGAAUUUCGUAAAUGUAUUAAAGGUAAAUAUAAGAAAGCAACAGACUUACGAUCAAGGUUUCUUUUUAAUUUGAAAUUUUGUAUUUUUUUUCAACAGUACGACAUUUACUGCUUGUCCUAAUUGUUGCUAGAGUGUAAGAUAAAGCAGUUUAGUGGCUUGUUUCAAACUGAACCCAUCUUGUCCUGCCAAUCCUAUGGACAAAAAAACAAAAGUUGUUGUGAAAUUAGAAGACUAGUCCAAUAGGAACUCUACCUCUGAGGAAUUUUAAAGUGGUACAAACCUUUAUGAUAAGUUACUCAGAGAUAGAAGAUCUUGAAGAGCAAGAAAGAAUAGCAGUAUACGGUAGGUAGUUCUCGCCUUGCAUUCAUUCGUUUAGUGACUGUUACAACCACACUGAAAAAAGUGACUUAUGACCAUUACAAUAUCAAACGUUGGAUGCUUGGCAACUGGCAUGUAUUUAUGACGGUUGCAAGUGACCUGGGGUCAUGCGAUCACCUUUUAUGACCUUCUGACAAGUAAAGUCAAUGUGGAAGCCCGGUUCAUUUAAUAGCUACUGUAUGUUACUAACUUAACAACUGCAGUGACUGACUUAAGCAAGAAAGGUCGUAAAAUGAGGCAAAACUCACUUAACAACUGUAUUGCUUAGCAACAGAAAUUUUGGGCUCAAUUAUGGUCAUAAGUCAAGGACUAUCUCUAUAGGAACAAACAAAAUAUUGACAUUGAGAUGGGUGGAAUCAAGUCUCUGUCAGUCUAAAUAGAACCCUUAGAGCCCAAUCUGAAGUAAAAGUGGCAGUGUUUUUGUCACCGAAUCAGAUUGAAAUUGGCUUCCAUCUUCCUUAAAAAUAAGGUUCAAUAAAUGAAUGAAAAGAAAACUUGGAUCAGUAUAGAGUAAAACUGCAUCCUUGUUCACAAAUGCCAGUAUUGGUAGGCUGCCAGUGAUGCAGGACUAUCAAAUAUCAACUAUAUAUUGCAAGUCAAAUUUACUUAGAUAGGAAGUGAAGCACUGGAUUAAAAUAAUGAUGUGGUCAGGCACAGGUUUAAAUAUUUAGAAAGGAAACUAUGAACAAAUAUAGACAAAUAUAUGGUGAAUAUUAAGAUCCAUAAAAUAGAACUUUAAGCAACUUUAGCUGCAUUAUGUCUUAAGUGCAUAAAAUCAAUUCUUAAGGGCUUUGGCAUAUCUGCCUAUUUUAUUUGGCAUUGUAUGCUUUAAUUUGAAUAUUAUAUUGAAUAGCCCUGAGGAAAAAGUGUAUGGAAUAAAGAGUAUAUACACACACAUACUUGGAAAUACAAAUUUCUCUAUUCAUAUAUGUAUACAUCUGCCUAACAUUGAAUAAAGAAAUGUGUGUUGUGGCUGCAAAAAAAUACAUGUAUAAGAGUUCAGGAUUUUGUACAUGAAUAUGAAAAUGAGGUAUUUACUUAUGUUGUUAUUCCCUAUUAAACUAUAUAUUUUGUGCUGAAAA